GGAAUAUCUAGUCAUGGGUACCAGGGUGAGAUCUUAUUCUCACUGCCACGGUCAUUUGGCUUCUACCAAGUCACUACAAGCCACUUGGUACAGCCGAGUCCACUUGCCCUUCAAGUUCCAAGUGAGUCUUUCUUAUUUUGCUUUACUAUCUGCCACCUCAGGGCUGGAUACCCGCAAUAUCAAAUCUUGAAACUGUGCUCUGCAGGUCUCAGAGGAUCGAUCCAGAAUACGAAUAUCACGACUAUCAUGACUUUUAAUCUGAAGGAACAGUUCUUUCACUCCAGCAAAUUCUGUUACUGCAUACCCGUUCGCGCUGGUUUCAUCGCUGGCUCUGUCUUGUCAAUCAUCCUGGGAGGAGCCCUUUCUGUCCUGCUAUGGUUGGAAGUUGUUCACCAGUACUCGCAAAAUAUGUCGGAUAAGGAAUACGCAGCUUUCGUAGCUGCUGGCGUCGUGGAAACCAUGUUAUUUUUGGUCUCGAUAUUUGGACUUGUCGGUGCCGUCGCCCGAAAAAAACUGUUUGUGGUGGCCUACGCUUAUUUCGUUUACACUCACUUCCUCCUCAAUCUCGUGUUUGCAAUAUAUCUCUUUGUCGCGCUCAGUACAUCCCACCGCACAAAUAUUGUUAAUGCCUGUCAAGACGUUCUGGUUGACAUCAACUCGCAAGAAAAAUGUACGAAACUUCUGAAUACCUCAGAAUACGUCUACAUUGCCAUAACGUCAUUUAUAUUGUUACUCGAACUAUAUGGGGUACUGGUUGUAUCCCGUUAUGUAUACCAGCUGCGCCAAGAGAGAGAAACUGAAUAUCCAAAUUGCGCGGGUCCUCCUCCUGUUCCUCCUAGGCACACGCGGACUGGCAGUGAAAUAUCUCAGACAGGACUCCUUAACGCGAUUCGGGACAGUCGCGACUCUUCUGAUCUACACCAGGGUCACGAAUAUGUUACCCCUGACACACAACGCUCAGGAUACGCACCUGUAUGGGUGUCGUUAACAAUGACUAUAAUCCGACUCUGGGAGGAGAUGAAAGGGUGAGAUCGAGGCCAGAAGUCGAAGAGUAUACAAGAUAUAACAGAAUGACAAUGGGAAACACUUUCAUAGACACUGAUGUCCCUUCUCCCACGUCACGUUUGGCAGGCCCUGAGAGCUCAGUGGAAGCCCGUGAUAUUUCACCGGGGACAUUUGGCGAAGGCGAGACGACACAUUCAUCAGAGAUGUUGUCUUCAAUGGCGCAUUUCGAGAUGAUGGCCCAUGCUAGCUACAUGAAUGACACGUUCUCUUCAAGACCAUCUGGUGUGCAUGUACUUAGAACGCCCACCAGCUUACGUUGAGCGGCAUUCGAGAAGAAAGCCCCGUGGGUAUAAGCCUUAAGGUCGGUUGCGACGACCUUCAAGAUUUAGUCCACAUGUACAUAGGGACCUUAGCAGGGCUUUCUUUCUUGAGCUCACCAGCAUUUGUACAUCUUGGUUACUUACAUUAUGUAUGUCACGGUCGGUAUAAGACUACGGUAGUCCUUUAGUUUCAGGACCCCAGUAUCGAUUCAGAGUAGACAUAUCUGCAAUGUUCAAUCCAGUUGAUUAAUACACAUUUGCAUAUCG